CAUCAACUUGCAUUACGCACAGCUGGCGGGAAAUACCCCAGUGUUAUGAGCACGGACUGAACGGUGUUGGUUAUCGAGACUGCUGUACUGGAGCCACUUAAUGUAAUAUUUUGCUUCUGUUAACUGUCUGUCAGGACAAUGGUUCAGAUACUCAUACGAGGCAGUGUGGAUGGCAGCAGUGCUCCAGAAUGGCUGCUGCUGGAGCUGCAGGGAGAGAUGGUUUCCCGACACAACUCCGGCCUGGCAGGAAAUGUGAUGGGCGACCUACUCUACACUAAAGAGGGGGUGCCAGUGCUGAUUGUAGGACAUCACAUUCUGUAUGGGAAGCAGGUCAAACUGGAAAAACCCUUCGCUGUCCUCACCAAGCACUCUUGCCAUUCGCAAGUCAGCCUGAACAGCCAUGACAACGUCAGUAGCAGGGAUGAUGUCAUGCAGGUACCCAUGGAGACAAAUCAGCAAGGACCUACCACAACCUCUUACUCUGUGUCUGCAGUCAUCAAACGGAAGUUGAUCUUUAAGACGCGUCCCAAGCCUAUCAUAACAAAUGUUCCCAAGAAGGUGUAAUGACAUUGUGUGAUGUAAAACUGAGACAUCUAACCUGUACUGAACUUUAUUUCCUUUUUAACUGAAUACACCUCAGUUAGUGUCAUCCAGCUGUGACAAGAUGCAGAUUGAUCAUACAUGAUCAAUACUAAGCUGAACUGAUCCAAACAAGAUUUUCAGGCUUCUUGUUCUUAUAAAAAAAUGCUGCACAUAAAAAAAAUGUAUUGCUCUGUGAUGAACUAGCUGCUUUUGCACACUGACAAGAAUUGCAUCCUGGGUGAAAUUAUUAAUAUUUGUGGAAAGAAAAUUAAAGAAUGUCGGAGAUCAAAA